GCACAUGAUCUCCACCGAUGACCUGGAGUACCCGCGCGAGUACCGCUCGCUGGGCGGCGGCGGCCGGCGCUUCUCCAACGUGGGCCUGGUGCACACGUCCGAGCACCGGCACACCGUCAUGGCCGCCCAGAGCCUGGAGGCGCUCAGCAACCUGCACAAGGUGGACAUGGAGCGCAAGCGCGACGCCUUCAUGGAGCACCUGAAGAACAAGUACCACCAGCAGCAGCAGCAGCAGCAGCACCAGCACCAGCAGCAGCAGCCGCACUCACUGCCACCCUCGCCCUCGCCCUCCCACUCCAGCAUGAGGGAGCGGCCGCAGGAGAGGAGCGCCCGUGAGCAGGACCAGUCCUACCUGUUCUCUACCUCCGUGAGAACGCUGAAGGCACACGUAUGCAAAGUGGAUGAGAUGACUAUAAGCAUAUAUGCAAACCGGCUGGCGAAACUCACUGGUGAAGGCUUUGGACUGGGGGUCAGGUGCGUGUGUACGUGUGUGCGCACGGCAGAGUCACACACACACGCGCACGCACGCGCGCGCUUGCGCGCACACACACCCACGAGCAAACAGCAACAACCAAACUACUGGAGCUUUAAGAGUCGCAGUCCGAGGCACUCGCAGUCCACCCAGUCGGGCCUGGCUGACCAGGCCAGUAAGCUGUCGUACGCGUCGGCCGAGCACCUGGAGACCAUGUCCGAGGCCGACCUCCCGCUGGGCUUCAGCCGCUCCAGCCGCCUCCGCCAGAGCCUGCCGCUCUCGCGCUCCGCCAGCCAGUCCAAGCUGCGCUCGCCUGGCGUGCUGUUCCUGCAGUUUGGCGACGAGACGCGGCGCGUGCACAUCACCCACGAGCUGACCAGCAUGGAGACGCUGCACGCGCUCAUCGUGCACAUGUUCCCGCAGAAGCUGACCGCCGGCAUGCUCAAGUCGCCCAACACGGCCAUCCUCAUCAAGGACGAGGCGCGCAACGUCUUCUACGAGCUGGAGGACGUGCGCGACAUCCAGGACCGCAGCAUCAUCAAGAUCUUCCGCAAGGAGCCCAUCUACGCCUCCUACCCAGCCUCGCACCUCGCCAACGGGGACCUACGGCGAGAGAUGGUGUACACCUCCCGCGAGUCCUCGCCAACACGCCGCCUCAACACACUCCCGUCGUCCUCGUCGGCCUCCCCCCCCUCCAGCUCCCCGGCGCGCUCCCGCCUCUCCUACAGCGGCACCACGGGCCGGCCGCCCUCCUUCCCGCCGCACCCCCACGCCGGCGGGGGUCACCACGGCGGCCACCCCCACGGCGGCCACCACCACGGCCCCCAGUCGGCCAACGCCGCCCCGGUCGGCCUCUCCCACUCGCCCAGCGCCAUCCUGGAGCGCCGCGACGUCAAGCCCGACGAGGAGGUGUCGGCCAAGAGCCUGGUGCUGCUGAAGAACGAGGGCCUGUACGCCGACCCCUACAGCCUGGUGCACGAGGGCCGCCUGAGCAUCGCGUCCACCCAGUCGCUGGCCGCGCUGUCGGGGCCGCUGGACCCGCUGGGCCCCACCGGGCUGUACCGCCGCGGCUCCAUGCGCUCGCUCAGCACCUACUCGGCGGCCGGCCUGCAGGGCGAGAUGGACGACCCGCUGUACCGGCCCGGCGCGGGCAUCUACACGGACACCUACGCCACGCUGGGCUUCCGGCUGCCGCCGUCCUCGCCGCAGAAGAUGGCGUCGGACGUGCCGGCCAUGAGGGAUGUGUCACGCGACGUCUUCUCCAGCCCGCCCAGCCGCGCCUCGCCCGUCCGCCAGAGCUUCCGCAAGGACUCGUCCUCGUCCGUGUUCGUGGAGAGCCCCAAGUCCAGGCCCAGCUCCAGCUCCGAGCCCCUCAGCCUGCAGAGCGCCAACUCCCCACUGGCCGGCAACGAGGAGACACGGGAUCGUAUGGAGGCUAUGGAGAAGCAGAUUGCCAGUUUAACUGGUCUAGUGCAGAGCGUGUUGACCAGAGGCCCGGACAGCGACACAGCACACUUCUUGCUGUGCGGCCUGCUGCGUCUCUGCAUGAUGGCGGGCUGCCCUCCGGACCAAGGGGUGGAGUUUUCACGGCCCUUCCCUUUCUCUUCCAGCGAGAAGACCGAAUCAGCCAGCGACGGCUCGGCCACCGGAAAUCAGACACCCUCAGCUCCGUUGGCGCUCAUGCCGCCGCCUCCGUCUGGGGGCAGCCCUGCUAGCACGGUGUCCAAGCUACAGAUGCAGCUGAACCUGCACGACCUGAAGCAGAACGCCACCGACCUGCGCAAACAGCUCAGCCACCUGCGCAAGAUGCAGCUGCAGAACCAGGACUCGAUGCGCACCCUGAUGAAGCGCACAGAGGGUGAGAUCACCAUGCGCGUGUGUGACGCGCUGCGCAAGCAGGAGGACCCCCUCCAGAGACAGCGCCUCCUAGUGGAGGAGGAGAGGCUCAAGUACCUCAACGAGGAGGAGCUCAUCAUCCAGCAGCUCCAUGACCUGGAGAAGUCCGUGGACGAGAUCCAGAAGGACUCGAGCACCAACCACAAGCAGGUGCCCAUGCAGGAGCUGGAGGAGAAGGCCGCCGUGCUGCGCAGGCUGGGGGAGACCCUGACGGAGCUCAAGAACCAGUUCCCAGGUCUGCAGAGUAAGAUGCGGGUGGUGCUGCGGGUGGAGGUGGAGGCGGUCAAGUUCCUGAAGGAGGAGCCCCACAGACUGGACGCUCUGCUCAAACGCUGCAGGACCAUCACAGACACACUCACAGCACUGCGCAGGCAAGCCACGGAGGGUGUGUGGAAGAGCCAGGAGGACGGCAUGGCGGAGGACUACAGGAAGAGCGUAGACUUUGACCUCGCCACCAGCCCUCCGCUGAGCAUCAGCGACAACCUGUCCAACUGGAGCCCCCACACCAGCUCCCCCCAUGGCCACGCCCACUCCCACGCCCACUCCCACGCCCACAACCACGGGCACGGCAGCCACCCGUCCCCCGGCCAGAAGGAGAGGGACCCCCUGAAGGAGCACGGGGGCCGCCAGGGGCCCGACAAGAGCCUCUCCAUGGAGGUCCGACUGGCGGCGGAGCGCGACUGGGAGGAGAAGCGCGCCAGCCUGACGCAGUACAGCGCGCAGGACAUCAACCGGCUGCUGGAGGAGACGCAGGCCGAGCUCAUGAAGGCCAUCCCCGACCUGGACUUCGCCGCCAAGCAGAUGAAGCCCCAGCAGUCCCUCAGCCAGACCAGACCAGACCAGAGCAGCCAGAACAGCCAGCCGGCCAACGCCGCCACCGGCGCCGGCAUCACCAACGCCACGCCCGAGCACCGGCCCCCCAAACCCCAGCACUCCUCACACAAGAUCUCCAGAGAGGGAGGCUCCAGGCGUGGCUCAGAUGAACUGACGGUUGCGAGGUAUCGCAUGGAGAAGCACUCCAAGUCCCCGCCUCCACCUCCUCCCAGACGCAGUUUCCCAUCAUCCCCUGGGCCCACCAGCCGCAGCGGAGAGCCCAUAACGUCUGAAAAGAGCCUCAAGAAGUGUGAGUCUGAGGACUGCGACAUGCCUAAGCCCAUGGUGAAGCUGAGGAAGAGCCUGUCUGAAGUGCCCCGUCCGGCCUCCACACCCCCCACCACGGGGGCCCAGAGGGAAGGGGCCGACGACGAGAGGAACCACGCCGACAUGGAGGUGCCCCGCAUCGUGCUGACCGAGUGUCAGUCCGGCGCCCCGCCCAACGGGGCCCACCACCAAGCGGCCCCGCCGUACACCGUGACGGUAAGUACCGGUAGCCGGUUCAAGCGAGGCGGCCCCCACCGGCACAGUGUGACCGGCGCCGAGACGCUGUCGUGGAGACAGCUCCUGAUAACGGACGGCAGAGAGCCCCAGAGGAAGCCCGGAGCGGAGGGCUCCGCCGGGUCAGCAGCGCCCGCUCCCAAGAGCCUGCCGGAGGGGCAGCAGGGCCAGCCCGCGAGGGCGAGGGCCCCAGGGGACGACAUCCGCAGCAGGACCUACCGCCGGCUGGACAGCCUGGAGGAGACCAUCAGGGAGCUGGAGAACUCCUUAAUGGAGAUCGGGGCUCACCCCAGCUCCGAGCCCCUGUCCCCCGUCACGCCUCCAGCCGAGGGCGCUCCCUCCGACAGCGCAGCAGCAGCACAGCAGCCCGACCAGACGCCCACGGAGUCGGCAGGGUCAGGGGGGACCAAGAGGCCUCCGGUCCCGCCCAAGCCCUCCAUCAGACCUCCCUACGUCCAGGGUGGAAACAGCUCCUCCUCUGGCGGAGGUAAAGCACUGCACUCCUCCUCCUCGGCAGCCUUGCGCCUCAAGCACCUGCAGCAGAGCAACCCGGAGAAGAGCAAGCUGUCCAAGCAGCGCGAGGAGUUCCUCAAGAGCCAGGGCCAGCUGCAGGCCCUGGGUGGCAGCUUCCUCACCGACCCCCUCCUCACGGGCACCCGUGCGGCGAGUUUCUCCGGCCGCCUGCCCUCCUCGGGCGGUUCGGGCCCGACGGUAGCCCUGUUCGCCCCGGGCCUCCGCAAGUACCCUCAGGACGGCAGCGGCAGCAGCGGCGGCGGCGGCGAUCUCCCAUCGUUCAGCGCGUCCUCCAGCCAGGCGAGGGCGCUGUUGGCCAGCCUGGGCGCCGAGGCCCUGCUGCUCUCCUCCACCCUGCGGCAGCACCGGCUGCUCCACCCGACGGCCACGGCGCAGACCAACGGCCGCUCGGCCUCCUCCCCGUCCCCCACCACCUCCCCCACCAGCGUGGGCCACAGCCUCAAGUACCCCAUGGCCAGCCUGGGGGGGCAGAAGGAGGGCAGGAGCAAGACCCUCCCCAAGGCCACGUCAUCCGGGGCCGAGUGA